CGCGCGCUUUCCGGUGGCGCGCACUAAGAGGAACUGAGAAGGCGGAAGAAAGAGGACGUUGAACAAACUUGACAACUUCUGGCUGACUGGCUGGAAAUACGUUUAGAUACUAUGUUAACAGCACAAUUUGUUUUUCAUUUCCAUAUCCAUUUGGUUAGCUAAUCAAACGCCCUGACUGCAUUCACUUACCGCUGUCUCAAUCGACACACGAUUGAACCUGACUAAUGGACUCCAGCAGUUUCUAAACAACCGCUGCACUUGCUCAGCGGUCCCGAAGCCACCCACCUUCACAAAGCCAUAUUUAGCCUCUGUAAAAGUACCGGUAAACUGAAGAAAUUGUGGCUUUCGGGGGGCUUUGUUUUUUUCCUGCUUGUGGGAAAAGUUCUCCGUGCUACUCUAAAGAAAAACCCAGAGGAGAGGCCUGCAGCUUAAGAGGCUGGCUGCCCGUGAGAGGAGCCCUGCUGGCGAGGACGGACCCACUCACACAACGUUAGACCAACAUGUCGGCCCAGGCACAGAUGCGAGCGAUGCUGGACCAGCUCAUGGGGACGGCCAGAGAUGGAGACACCAUGAGGCAGAGAAUUAAAUUUACAGAUGAUCGAGUCUGUAAAAGCCACCUCUUAGAUUCAUGUCCUCAUGAUAUUCUAUCAGGCACGAGAAUGGACUUGGGGGAAUGUGCCAAAGUCCACGAUUUGGCUCUUCGAGCAGAUUACGAGAUCGCCUCCAAGGAGAGUGAAUACUUCUUUGAGCUUGAUGCUGCAGAACACCUUCAGUCUUUCAUCGCUGACUGCGAUCGCAGAACUGAGUUAGCCAAGAAGAGGCUAGCUGAGACCCAGGAUGAGAUCAGCGCAGAGGUGGCUGCGAAGGCUGAGCGUGUCCAUGAGUUAAAUGAAGAAAUCGGGAAGCUUCUUGCAAAAGCGGAGCAGCUGGGGGGCGAAGGGAACGUCGAUGAGGCCCAACAGGUGCUGGAGAAGGUGGAGAAAACCCGGGCCUUGAAGAAGGAAGCAGAGGAUGUUUACAGAAACUCAAUGCCAGCUUCCAGCUUUCAACAGCAGAAACUCCGGGUGUGUGAGGUGUGUUCAGCUUACUUGGGUCUCCACGAUAACGACCGGCGCCUGGCGGAUCACUUUGGGGGCAAACUUCACCUUGGUUUCAUUGAAAUACGUGAAAAGCUUGACAAGCUGAGGAAAGCUGUCGUAGAAAAACAAGAAAAAAUGCGCACGAGAAGACGAGAGGACCGCGAACGAGAGGACGAAAAAGAGCGACAGUGGGAGAUGGACCGGGAAAGAGAGAAACAACGAGAGUGGGAGAGAGAACGAGAAAGGGAGCGGAGAAGGUCCAGAUCCAGAAGCGCAGACCGAUACAGGGAUGGAGGCAGUUCCUCAUCGCAUCGUUCAAGACGCCCCCACUCCUCUCGUUCCAGAGAAGACGGCUCUGACCGGGACAGGGAGCGAGAGAGGAAGCAUCGACACAAGGACGGACACCGCUCACGCUCCCACUCUCACAGGCACAAAAAGAAGAGAUCCUCCAGAGACAGAUCAUCCCACACACGUGACCAAGAGCCUUCCCCAUCCCAGCAGAGCUGGCGAGAGCGUCCAGGGGAGGGAUGCCGCAAUGACAGAGCAGAGGGUGCAGACUUGGAGGACAGGGAGCGGUCAGCUUCUCCAGACGUGGCCAAAGGAAGGGAAAGAGAGAGAUCCCUGUCGUACGAGCGAGAACGGCGCUCCAGCUCUGAGGAACGGGAGUCCGGCGAGAUCUGAACAGCUACCUUUUUGGUUUGGAUGUCAUAAAUACAAAGGAGGAAGGGGGGAUGAGCAUGCUGGUGCUAGUGCAUUUGAUUUCACUAUGCAUGUUCAAAGUGGGACAUGUGCUUGUGGAUGGUGGGGAUCAAGAAAACAUGCAAACCGACUUUUAAGAAACUGUAUUAGGCAGGGCUUCUGAGAGGGCUGUACAGUCAUUAUUUUUUUGUCAUUUUGCUGACCUGACAGUCAUUUCCAGAGGGACAAGGGAAGAGAGGCUUGGCUUUAUUUCUGUUUUACUGAAGUGCUGUUCUUUUUUUACAGACUAGUUAGACCGUUGAUGUUUUGUAGCUGUGGCCACCCUCACAGUAAUGCUAUAGAUGAGCUUUAAAUGAUGAAGUUCUUCUAACAAUAUUUUAUUUUCUGCCUUCCAGACAAUUGUUUCUUUAUUUGAAAUCUUCUACACAACAUGCCCCCGUUUGGGGAAAAAAAAGCCUCUCUUGUCAUCAAAAUAUUUUUAAUCAUUCAGUUUCCAGAAUAAUGGUCGGUGCAUAUUCACACACUUGAGCUGUAAUGUAGGUGGUCCACAUUGCCAUACCACCACAAGUGAAUAAAAUGUUCUGCUCUUGUUGAAA